AUGUUAAACGAGCAAGAUUUAAUUGUUGCGCGGGCUCUGGCAGCCGAGUCAAGGGACAGUUCACCAGGUGGGUCACCUGGACCGCUGCGAAAAAAUCCACUCAACAAUGUUGGUGACAAACUUAAUACCUUUCGGAGUCUAAUUCGCUAUCAGUCAGGCGUCAGUUGGUUAGUCACGCCAGAGGCACGUCAACGUGUGAUCGGCGGGUCACUGCCGCUCGUAUUUCGCUCGAGCUCUUCGCUUCCCCCGCACUGCAAUAUUCAAAAGUUCGAGUGCAAAAUUUUGCAACGCCCGCAGUGGGAAGCCGACCACCGCGCCUAA